GUGGAUCAAAGCCGCCGGUGAUUGGUCGGUGCCGACAGAGACGAUCCGAACGCGCUUGCCUGGGCCGCGACACACCGCACAUUACGUCAGUUCGUGCUCAGUUAGCGCAGAGUAGAAAUACGCGAACACGUGCUAGUGCCUAGUGACGAGAGAGAUCGCCCGCUUCGCUUGUUUUGUUGUUGGUGUUCCGCCGGUGACAGUGACAGUUGUAGGACCGUAGUAGACUAUGACCGCUAUGAAAACGCGCGAAUGCAGAUAGUGGUGCUAUGUAGUGUGGCUGUGAUAUGCCGCUGUACAGUGAGUUCGAGUGAACCAUGCCACACGUCUCAUCCAGUGGCGGCGAUGAUCUCGGCAGCACCGAUGAGGUUAAGGUGUUCAAGGACGAGGGUGAUGGGGAGGACGAGAAGAGGUCCUCGGAAAACCUCACCGAGGAGAAAAGUAGCCUUAUCGACCUCACAGAGUCUGAGGAAAAGUCCGGAACAGGAAACUACCAUCCUACCAGCAAACAUGUCCAGCGACCAGAUCACAGCCCCGUGUUUGGUAAGGUGGAACCUACCCCACACACAUCUUCAUUCAACAUGGGAUACCUCGUCUCGCCCUAUAGCUAUGCCAAUGGAGCGGGUGGACCCAUUCCUGUCUCAAUGGUAAGUCAGUUUAUGUAA